UCAACGCUUUGAAUUCGAGUUCUUAGAACAUGUUAAAUCGCUAUCAAAUUAAUAAAGUUUCCUAAAAUUUUAAUAUCAUGAGUUUAGUGGAGUGCUGCAGACUCUGCUUAAAAAACCUCGCCGAUGUUCUAUUGGAUGAAGAUGGUCAUUUCACGAUAGCUGAUGAUCGUAACCUACAGCGUAUGAUUUUUGAAUGUUUCCAGAUACUGGUUUCGGAUGGCGAAAUCAUAUCGAAAGUUUGCAAUAGAUGCAACGAUCAGAUCCGCGCCGUCGAUAAGAUCCGUAAGCGGGUUAGAAGAGUGGAUUUUGAGAUUAAACAAUAUUAUGCAUCCUUGAUUGUCAAACAAGAAGAUGAUUUAGUUGAGGAGGUGCCAAAACAAAGCCGAAGCCAUGCGAAUGAAGACACUGAGCUGCAUCAGAUGGACAAUCAGCAACUUGAUCCAGAACCUAGUGUUUCCGCAAGUCUUGAAGAUGACGAUACUAUUUCCAAUUAUAACUUUAUCAACAAGUAUGAGUUUAUUGAAGUAGAACCAAAUUUUGAUUACGAUAGAGCUUCGAUGGAAAGGAAUUCUUCUGAAUCCCAAAGUGAAAGUGAACACUCAUAUAAAGCUCCAAUCAAACAACGUAAAAAAACAACUCCCAAGAAGGUGGGCAACAAAGUAGAUUCCAAGUGCUAUAUUUGUGCAACAGAGUUUGGUACUGCAGAGGCACUGGAUAAUCAUAUUUCUACACAUGUUGGAUCUACGGGACAAGUAUGUAAUUUAUGUCAGUUACCCGUAUCAACGGUACGUUAUUUGAAUAUGCAUUUGAGAAGGGUCCACUUCAGGAAAGGCAAACGAAUUCCUUGCGAAGAGUGCAAAAAGAACAAUAUCGUACGAGAAUUUUCGUCCAACUACAAGCUACAAGCUCACAUAAAGACGGUACACGAAAGGAUUGUCGAAAUCCUAGAAAAGAACUUCAUAUGCACCUAUUGCGGCAAAUCAUUUUCCAGAGGAACUCAUUUGAGAUUGCAUGAGAACAUACAUACGAAGGCAAUUUUGUACAAAUGCAAACAGUGCCCCUUUUCAGCAACUUCAAGAUCAGGGCUAUACAGACAUGAACGCAUUCAUACUGCUGAGAAACCAUUCAAAUGCAACGAAUGUGACGCAUCUUUCAAUCAAUCAAAUGCCCUUCAUUCUCAUAAGAUCGCGAAGCAUAGUGAUGAACGACCGUUUAGUUGUGAAAUAUGUGGAGACGAAAAGCGAUUCAAAACAAAAUACACCCUCCAAACUCACAUGCGCGCUCACCAAAAAGCAGGAAUAAAUCAAAUAGGUCGGCCGCAGUUGACGGACAUGGGAACUGAAAUAACUGUAUGUGAGCGGGAAUUAAAAUGCAAUUUCUGUCCUGCAGUUUACUCAUGGGAAAAAUUCCUUUGUCGGCAUCUUGUAGAGAAGCAUCCUGAGGAAAAUGUUCCAAUGCUUUCUUGCGAAUUGUGCCAGGAAGCGAAUAAAAAUGUAUUCUUCCUUACGCAAAGUGAGAAAGAUCGUCAUAUUGAUAAACAUGACAAAUUAAGCAAAAUGCCAAUAAAGGAACGGGUUUGUCCAGAAUGUGGAGAAGUAUUUCAAACUAGCGAUACGUACCAACGACAUCGACAAACGCACUUGAAAAAUGAUUGUAAAGAUUGUGGAAAAUCGUUUGCAACCAGGAAGACGUUGAGGCUACAUUUGGUGACCGUUCAUUUGAAAUCGCGACCAUACAAAUGCGACAAAUGUGAUUCAUCAUUUGGCCAAUUGACAUCGUUGACUGCACACAUGAAAGUUCAUCAAAGACCUCACAAGUCUUAAAAGCGAUCAACAAAUACCUAUUAUGUACACAAUUUUUUUCAAUUCAUUUGAAGCUCAUUAAAAUACAGACAAACAAUUUUGAACCAAUCUGUCGUUUAUCUAACGAUCUUUCAAAAUCUUCUUCACGUCCAUAAUACUUGAAUGACUAUGAAUGGAUAGAUUUGACUAUCAUAUUAAAGAAACCAUUUUGAUAAGCUUCA